AUGAAGGAGCGGGAGCUGGAGCGGGAGCGGGAGCGGGAACGGGAGCGGGAGCAGGAGCGGGAGCGGGAGCAGGAGCGGGAGCAGGAGCAGGGGCGGGAGCGGGAGCGGGAGCGGGAGCGGGAGCGGGAGUGGGAGCAGGAGCAGGGGCGGGAACGGGAGUGGGAGCGGGAGCAGGAGCGGGAGCAGGAGCGGGAGCAGGAACGGGAGUGGGAGCGGGAACAGGAGCGGGAGUGGGAGUGGGAGCGGGAGCAGGAGCGGGAGCAGGAGCGGGAGCGGAAGCCAGGGCAGGAGCAGGGGCAGGGGCGGGAG